CGGCUAUUCCGCUUGGCAGUAAUAUUGUGCGAGUGCCCCGGCCUACAUUGGAUAGUCGGACCCCUUAACGCAGUGACGAAAAUACCCUCCGCACUCAAUCCAACUUUUAACUCCACUCCGUCCACGGGAAUCAGAGAAAACCCUAGCACCAUUCCCCGAUCCCCAAUCUUUUCAACAUCGCUGGACUGUGAAAUUAGCGGAAACCCUAGCAGAUAUCAUAUUCGGCCAUGGAUAUUCUAAAGCAGGAGUUGCUGAAGAAAAGACAAAGUCUCGCAGAGGACGUUGGCGGUAAGAAAGUCUUCAAGCGCUCCGAGAUCGAGCAGAAACGCCUCCAGCGGCUGCGAGAAGAGGAAAAACGCGAAGCCGAGGCCAAAGCACUUCGUCAAAAGAAAUUACAGCAAGAGCAGCAGAGUGAUGAUCCCAAUUCAUCAUCUAACCCAAAAUCCAAUCCUGAAAUCCCAAAAUCUAAGCCGGAGUCAUCGUCCUCCAAAUCCCUAGUUGAAGAGAAAAACAUUGACGAUCUCAAUCUCCCGAAACAAGAAGUCAUCCGCCGCCUCCGCUUCUUAAAACAACCGGUGACUCUCUUCGGAGAAGACGAUGAGGCGAGACUUGACCGUCUGAAGUUCGUGUUGAAGGCUGGAUUAUUUGAAGUCGAUGACAGUGAUAUGACGGAAGGGCAAACUAAUGAUUUUCUGCGGGAUAUCGUGGAGUUGAAGAAGCGGCAGAAAUCAGGGAUAUUGAGUGAUAGAAAGAGAAAGUCGACGGAGGAUGGGGGAGAGGAUAAGGAGAGUGGAGGUGGGGAUGAGGAUCUAAGUGGGGAUGGAGCAUCCUCCGGGAUGGAUCACGACAAGGAUUUGAAACGGAUGAAGGCGAACUUUGAGGAGUUGUGCGACGAGGAUAAGAUUCUUGUGUUUUUCAAAAAGUUGUUGAAUGAGUGGAAUCAGGAGCUAAAUGAGAUGAGUGAGGCGGAGAAGAGGACAGCCAAAGGGAAGUCGAUGGUUGCCACAUUUAAGCAGUGCGCACGAUAUUUGAAUCCGCUGUUUAAGUUCUGCAGAAAGAAGGUUCUUCCUGAUGAUAUUCGACAAGCAUUGAUGGUGGUUGUUGAUUGCUGUAUGAAGCGGGAUUACCUAGCUGCAAUGGAUCAUUACAUUAAACUUGCAAUUGGAAAUGCUCCUUGGCCUAUUGGUGUUACUAUGGUUGGUAUUCAUGAACGUUCUGCACGUGAAAAGAUUUAUACUAACAGUGUGGCACACAUCAUGAAUGAUGAGACAACCCGUAAGUAUUUGCAAUCUGUCAAGAGAUUGAUGACUUUCGCCCAACGACGUUAUCCAACUAUGCCUUCCAAAGCUGUUGAGUUCAAUAGCCUGGCAAAUGGUAGUGAUUUGCAGUCACUAUUAGCAGAAGAGAGGUCGUCUGGAGAGAAGCAUCAUUCUGAGGAGAGGCUCCUAUUGAUGCCUGCUACAAAAGAUGACUAGUUAACAUGUGUACAUGAGGGGUAACAAUUGCCCUGAUCAUUCUCAUGUUCUAGCCAAAGUAUACGAUGAGUAACAUGUGAUUUUAUGACGGAACAUUAUGUUCUUAAUGUUGACUCUCGCUUUUGGUGAGAGGCUGUAAAUGUAACCAUUCCAGAUGGCCUCUAUGUUUAUGUAGUUGAUAUGCUCAUGUAAACAUGAAUUAGUGCUUCUUAAGAGUUGGUGAGCUGGGAGCUGUUUCUUUUUUAAUUUGUGGCGGAUGAAAUUGAUAGCAAUUCAACAUGUAUGGAGAAAAAAGAUUUCUAAGUAGCACCGUGCUGGCUAAACCUUACUUGGGAAUGUAAUGCUUAACCCCAGCUUUCCUG